CUCACAGCACUCAUUCUGUCAUUGUAGCUGCUAAAAAGUUGACGUCAGGAGCACCCAAUGAGAGCUAAACAAUGGAUAAUCAAUAUCACAGAUGUAUAUUGUCCUCACAACUUUUCCACAAAUACGGAGGAGUACACGUGACUCUUUAUAACGACAUUUUGACAUGGAAGGACGUUUGGACGGUCACCAAUAAUAGAAGUUAUGGCAUCGGCAGCAAGCCCCAACCAGCCAACAUCCAUGCUUAUCGGGUGCGGGAGAUCGUGGCCGUGCAGAAGACAUACGUCAACGACCAGACCAAGGCCGCCAAGCACCUCCAGCAGAAUCCGUAUGCAUUCACAGUCUUCUACGUGGGGAGGCUGAAGCAGCAUCAGUGGCAAUGCGACGAGAUGGCCUUCCACUGCUCAGAUGAAGACCUCUGCGAGCGAUGGAUUCAAGCAAUUAAUGAUCAGCUGUCACUGCAGACCGAUCGGCCCAAGAGCCUGCUGGUGUACGUCAAUCCCUUCGGGGGGAAGCGGCAGGGGAAGUACAUUUAUGACCAGAAGGUGGCGCCGCUGUUUUCCCGAGCCUGCAUCUCCACGGACGUGAUCGUUACAGAACGGGCCAAUCAUGCCAGAGACCACUUGAAAUCAGAAGCAAAUCUGGAUACAUAUGAUGGCGUGGUAUGCGUGGGUGGAGAUGGGACGUUCAGUGAGAUUCUGCACGGGCUGGUCGCCAGGACCCAAAUGGACCAUGGUGUAGACCCAAACCAGCCCACUGCCAAUUUGGUGCCGUGUUCCCUCCGCAUUGGCAUCAUCCCUGCAGGCUCCACUGAUUGCACCUGCUUUGCCACGGUGGGAACCAACGACGCGGUUACGUCCGCCUUGCACAUCAUUAUAGGCGACUCUCAGCCCAUGGACGUGUGUUCCGUCUACCACGGCGACACGUUCCUCAGAUACUCCGUGACGCUGCUUGGCUAUGGUUUCUAUGGCGACAUCCUGUCUGACAGCGAGCAGAAGCGAUGGCUGGGUCCUGCGAGAUAUAACCUGUCAGGAGUAAAGACUUUCCUGACUCACAACUAUUAUGAAGGCACGGUCUCGUUCGUCCCGGCAGAGGAUGAUAUGGGGAGCCCCAGGGACAAGGAGCCGUGUCGGUCCGGGUGUUGCGUCUGCCAGCGCAAGGCCUCAUUAAAGACGUCGCAGAGUGACGUGCCAGGUGAGAAGGAAGCGUGUGACACAGACAACUGGACUGAAAUCUGCGGGAAGUUCAUCGCCAUCAACGUGGCCACUAUGAGCUGCGCGUCCCCUCAGAGUUGGAAGGGCCUUUCGCCCUCCGCCCACCUGGCAGACGGCACAGCCGACCUCAUCCUCGUGCGGGAGUGCUCCCGUUUGGACUUCUUCAAACACCUCCUCCGACACACCAACAAGGAAGACCAGUUUGACCACUCCUUCGUGGAGGUCCACCGCGUGCGCAAGUUCCGCUUCCAGCCGAGCCACCAGGAGACGGUGUCACUGGAGGACAUGAAACCGGACUUGAGUCCUAUUUGCUCCGGAGCCACCAGGUGCCACUGCGACGACUGUGCCUGCAGCCACUGGACCUGUGACGGGGAGAUCCUGCCCCACAUUGACAUACAAGCCAGUGUCCAGUGCCAGCUGAUCACACUGUUUGCCCGCGGUAUCGAGGAGACGCACGGCCCCGGUGAACACCUUGGAUGGCUUCCGGAAGCCGGACCGCAUCAGUCUGCGGGCUAAAGGCUGGACAGAAGUGGUGCAUCUCGUCACGUCCAGUCAUGGGACGCAAAGACAAGCAGAUGCAGCGAUGAUUUAUUUUUUAUUUUUCUUUUUUUUUUUGACGGGGAGAACAGGAAAUGUUUCACCGGUGACCCAGCAGUCAGGGGAAUGGCUAAUACGCCAACAGGACCCUGGUGCAUUGUGGGUAAUAAGGCAAAGUGGUUGCAAAGUGCUUUGCUGUGUCUCAGCACCGCCGCCACGCACCUGUGGCUCCACGCGGGCUAAAUCGCCCGAGAUUUGCCCCGGAUGAGAGAUUUUCAACAUCAUUAGAGACGGAUGUCAAGCCGGUCUUGAUGACUCAGGGACUAUUUCGGAGAACAAGAUUAUUUAUGCUACUUUCACUUAUUUAACGCGAUAAUAAACUGCAUGUAGCGCACUGAACCAAUAACGACCAAUCAACUGAGAGUUGUGCAUCUCGCCUCUGGUCGAUUGAAGUA